UUUAACGAAACUCACUCAGCUCACUUUCUAAUGGAGUUUUUGCCUCUUAUGAAAAACUUAACUUCAGAAUAUCUUCUCUAAUUCCUAAGAAUUUUUCAGAUCUCCUUUCAAUACUCUUACUUUUUUUUUUAUUAUAUAAUUCGUCAGUUCAUCGGCUUUUUUGCUUUUUUCACUUUUCUUUUUUUUUCAUCACAUCUCAAAACUUUGCAUCUUUUUUUGUCUACUGUAAAUGAUGGCCGUACUUCCUGGAGAAAAUCCGAUCGCCGUACUUCCGGUGGAUAAACAGAUGGGUAUACCGCCGUUGAAUACUCUGCCGGUGGGAUACCGUUUCCGGCCGACAGAUGAGGAGUUGGUGAAUCAUUAUCUGAGGUUGAAGAUCAACGGUGCUGAUAGUCAGGUCAGCGUUAUUCGAGAAGUUGAUAUCUGUAAACUCGAGCCUUGGGACUUACCUGAUUUGUCUGUGGUAGAGUCGCACGACAAUGAGUGGUUCUUCUUCUGCCCAAAGGAUCGUAAGUAUCAAAAUGGGCAGCGACUGAACCGAGCAACAGAACGAGGCUACUGGAAAGCCACUGGUAAAGAUAGAAACAUUGUUACUAAGAAGGGCUCAAAAAUUGGGAUGAAGAAGACCUUGGUAUACUACAUUGGUCGAGCUCCUGAAGGCAAGAGGACUCAUUGGGUGAUUCAUGAAUAUCGUGCAACUGAAAAGUCAUUGGAUGGAUCACAUCCUGGUCAGGGUGCCUUUGUGCUUUGUCGUCUUUUUAGGAAGAAUGAUUUGAAGCAGGAUGAGCAUGUUGACAAUUCCAAUUUAGAUGCGGAACAGAAUGCCUCAGUUGACAAGUCACCUGCUGAAGAUGAAUUAUCAGAGGCAGCCACUCCAUUAACGGUCAUACCACCUUUAAAUGAUUGUGAUAAAAGCUAUGCAGCAAAGUUUUCCAAAGGCGAAAUGUAUGGCAAACAAAUACCCAUUGAGAGUCACAGCAAUAGCUGUAUUGCUGAUGAUACCGAAGAUCAAAUGUUGGACAUAACAUCCAUACCGCCGGUUCAGGAUCUAGAGAAGGAGUUGGGAAAUUUUUAUGACCCGUCAUCGCAGCCAGAUUGGAAGAUCUUCUCCCCAUUGCACUCACAGAUGCAGGCGGAACUUGGAUCUUCUUAUUUGCAGGCCCCCUUGAAUAAUGACAUGUUUGGCUAUCAAAAAGAUGUCCCGUUUCCAUAUGGAACAAAUGCUCUUGAUAUUAAUGACUUCUUGAACUCAGUACUCGUCAACUCAGAUGAGUUUUCAUGUGAAGAUUCUGGACAAGAAUUGGCAUCACAUCAUAUUGACACAAAAACUUGCAGCAUAACUGGUCCGAUGAUUAAGGACUCUGGAUCAUGUAGUGAGUCAGAAGCAGAAGUUACCCAAGGGCUGGUUGAGCCAGACUUCUUUGAUCCUGAGGUGCUGUGGGACAAUUUUGAUCGAGAGGCUGCAGUUAAGAGAGAGGUUAAUUCCCUUGAAGCUACAGCGCUAAAGGCGCGCAGUCCACUAGGUGCAUCUUAUGUUGGCAAUGAUUACGCUGUAGGAAAUCUAGGUUUCUUUCAGAAUACCUACCCUGGACAUUAUGGUUAUCCUGCUAGUAUUGGUGGAAGUCAGGUCCCGAACUUCCUAAAAGUAGAACAAUCCGGUGUUCACAAUAAUGUAGUAAGCACUGAAUCUGGCUCAGGAACUGGAAUAAAACUCAGGACCAGACAAAUGCAUAAUCAACCUGAUGACACGCAGUUCAACCAACCUGACAACACAGAGUCUAGACCACAGGGAACUGCUCACAGAAGAAUACGUUUACAAGUGAAAAUGCAAGUCGGACCAGUUGAGUGUCGCAUGCGCUCUGAUUCUAGUGAGGGGGCAGAAAUUCAUGAAGCAGUGGCUGAGGGUGAGAAAGCCUCUGAUGAACAUAGUUCUACCAUCAGUGAUACUACAACAAUUAAAGAUCUUGUUGGGGAAACUGAUGAGUUGAGCACUCAAGUGAAAGAUGCAGAUGACUCUCCAGUUGAAGAAAGUCUUGAUGUGUCCUUGAAUACCGCCACAAAGCUCUCAAGUUCAUCACACGUUUACAUGUCCAAGGUUCUUGUGGUUGCAAGUCUGCUUGUGGUCUUUAUUGGUGUUUGGAGUUGCUUUAGACUCUGUGUAUAGUGUGCGUCGGCUACUGUACUUGUAUUUGUAGAUUCCCAAUAUAUAAUGGGUAUAAUGUAUUCAGGGUAGAAUGAACUAACCGUUCCUCUUUGUUUAAUUUAACCUUGUAUUUUUAUUGCCAGCAGGAACUUGAGUUGAGACAUUAGAGAUUGCUAGUGUAUAUUUUGAAGAGCUUGCUCGUUAUGUACAUGUUUCUUGUAGAGUAAGAUAUUAAUAUUGAGUAGUUUUCUUGGCAAA